AUGGAAGCUCCGAAAGGCAUGAUCUUCAUGCAGCUUGAGGAAGAAUAUGGAAGGAAAUGCGUGAGAAUUUACUGCUGCGUAGAGCUGAGUGGCGAGUCGUGGUCCUCAGCGCUGGAAAUUGCAUGGGACGAGGAGAAGUCGCAGACCAAUUGGGCGUAUCUCGAAAACAGAGUAGGUAUACCAAAGCUAAAGUUCCCUGCAGUGGUUGUUCGCUGCACACGGCUUCUGCAGGUAAGCAUCCGAGGAAGGCUGGAGCUCUUCGUCAUUGCCCUGGAGGGUGUUGGAGCAAAGCGCAAGAAUUUAGCCAAUGGGCCAGUUUUCCCCCACACUCUUCUGCACAGUGUACAGGAGAAGCUGUGUCCGUUACUAGCCUUUCUGCAGGACCUAGGCAUCAAAGAACAGGUGCCUGCUCAGGUAUUUCUAUCUCCUUUUAACCCUUAUUUUUCCAGUGCUCACGCAAUGCCCACGUCUGUUAAGUUACAGCUGAAACCGACGGUGGACUUCCUUCAGACUCUGAGCCUUGCCAAGGUAGAAUUAGGGCGAAUGUUGACCACUUGUCCCAACCUGCUACAAUACAGUCUGGACAAUCGUUUCCGCCCUAACAUAAAUUUCUUUAACAGCAUAAGAAUCCAAGGUUCAGCGGUACGGGAAUUGGUGAUAUUCUUUCCUAACACUCUGAUCCGCGAGGCCGUAUUAUUCAAGCCCCUCGUGGAGCACUUGCGGAGCGUGGGUUUCACCCCUCAGCAGGUUGCUUCCAUAGUGAUCAGUUAUCCCCCAGUGCUCACGCGAAGCAUCCGCAACUCAGUGCAACCCAAAUUGGAUUUUUUAGUGCUCACCAUGGGCCGCCCUCUGAGUGAGUUGGUGGAGUUUCCUGCCUUUUAUGGUUACAAUCUUAAUAAGACCAUUGCUCCUCGUCAUCGCCGCCUAGGAAAGCAGGCAUCUGCUUGUACUCUUGUUGCAAUGCUGGCAUGCAGCGACCCCAAAUUCAAUGAGCGCUUCGGUAUUGUCUGCGCUUGA